CCUCUUGCGUCGGGAGCGGCCGGCCGGGCGGAGCCUCCGUUGCCACGGCCACCGCGUGGCGGCUGGUGGCGUCCGCGGUCGUCCGAGGAGCCCCGAGAUGAACAGGAAGAAGCUGCAGAAGCUCGCCGAGUCGCUGUGCAGAACCGCGAGGCACUUCAAUAAAUUUGAAGUGGAAUGUCUCAUAAAGCUUUUCAACAACUUGGGGGUAGAACCCAGCGACCGGCAUGCUGCUGUUGGUUUGGAUCGUAACUCAUUUCGAAAUAUCCUGCAUGUCACAUUUGGUAUGACAGAUGACAUGAUUAUGGACAGAGUUUUCCGUGCUUUUGAUAAAGACAAUGACAGUUGUGUCAGUGUAACAGAAUGGGUAGAAGGUUUAUCAAUAUUUCUUCGGGGGACACUGGAAGAAAAAAUAAAAUAUUGUUUUGAGGUCUAUGACAUGAACAGUGAUGGAUAUAUUUCACGGGAGGAAAUGUUUCAUAUGCUGAAGAACAGCCUGCUAAAGCAGCCAUCGGAAGAAGAUCCUGAUGAAGGAAUUAAAGAUUUAGUAGAAAUAACUUUGAAGAAAAUGGACUAUGACCAUGAUGGCAAACUCUCUUAUGCGGAUUUUGAAAAGGCUGUGAGAGAUGAAAACCUCCUUUUAGAAGCAUUUGGACCAUGCUUACCUGAUAUGAAGUGCAGAAUGGCAUUUGAAUCACAAGCAUUCCAAGAUGGUCCUGAUCUGUAGCUCUACAAAUGACUUAUACUAUGUGAAUGUCCUUGAAAAGGUUACCAUGAAUCUUUUUAAGUAAAGGCAAAUCAGAAAUAUUUUUCUCUAUACCUUUUCCUCUAUUUUCAUAAUGCCUCCAUUUCAAUAUACUUGCUAGAAAAACCAGUAAGACAUAAUGGAAAAUAUUCUGAUGUGUCUACACUCUUGUGAAGCAAUACAUUCAUAAGGACUACAAAAAUAAUGGAACAACGUAGAUUUCAGUUGAAUUUCAGCAUAAUUGCUAAGUUUAUUAAAUAAAAUGUACAAAAAUACUUUAA